ACAUUUCUAUAUAUUUUUUCAGUUAUUACUAUGUAUGCGUAAAGUUCUAAGCAGAUGUCUCCAGUCCAACAGCCAUGUUUCUGUUUCGGAGUCAGAGCCCCUCUUACUGCACUUUAACUGCACUCAUGGGAUUAAUCUAGAAAAGAAAAACCUAUCUCUCUUUUAUUGUUUUAGCACAUUCAAUCACUCUUAACAGACUUUACGAUCGGGGAGUUUCCGAGUUUCCUCCGAUCCACUUGCCUUCAGUGGCAACGCCAUGGACCCCACCCCGGAUGUCACAAGGCUGUCAGGGUCAGGGGUGAAUGGGGUCACCAACUUGAACCUCAGCGUUUCCUCUGGCCCUGCCCACAACAACCAGACAGUGCGAACCCCACCCUAUUCCCCUGAGGCAACUGCAUUGUUCGCCACAGCCAUCACCCUCAUGAUGAUCCUCACCAUCGUGGGCAACAUUCUGGUCAUUAUCGCAGUUCUAACCUCACGCUCACUCCGCAGUCCACAGAACCUCUUCCUCGUCUCCUUGGCUGCAGCCGACAUCCUAGUGGCUACCCUCAUCAUCCCCUUUUCGCUGGCCAAUGAGUUGCAGGGAUUCUGGGCGUUCCGCUCACUGUGGUGCGAGAUCUACCUGGCGUUGGACGUUUUCUUCUGCACAUCCUCCAUUGCGCAUCUUUGUGCUAUCUCAUUGGACCGCUACCUGUCAGUCUCCCGGCCGGUGUCCUAUGGAGCCCAGCGGACGCCGGCACGCAUCAAGGCAGCCAUCGUGGUCGUCUGGCUACUCUCUGCGGUCAUUUCCUUCCCUCCUCUCCUUCCACUGGAUAAAAGCAAGGGAGGGGAGGAGGUGUGUGAGCUGAACAGUGAGCCUUGGUAUAUUCUCUACUCCACCAUUGGUUCCUUCUUCGCUCCGUGUCUCAUCAUGAUUGGGGUCUACGUUAGAAUCUACCAGAUCGCUAAGCAACACACAAGAUGUCCGCCAGGAGAAAAACCCAACCCUAACAACAGUCCUGGCAGUGUGCCUAGUAACCCUGUAGCCCAUGCACCUGGACCUGUCAUCACUCCCCAACCCAUGCCUCCUAGCCAACUACAGCACAACACCAGAGAGGGAGGGAAAGCAGAUGGCCAAUUAAAAAACGCUGUGCCUCAGAAAAGUCUCCUUGUGACUUCCCCCUCGUCUCCUCUUCUCCAGACUGAGACCCAGGAAGAGACUUCUAAUGACGCGCAAUUUCAACCCCAGACCCUGCUGCCUUCGCCAACCACUGUCCCCACUUCACCACAGUCCUCCUCACCCAGCAUAGCUCACUCUCCCACACCCCUCCCUACUGACCGGCAGCCAAUGGAGACGCUCAGCCGGGGAGAGAAGCAGAGAGACACCACCAAUGAUGACAGCUACAGCUCUGGCUCUGAGGCAGAGGCAGAGACGAGGGGACGAGUGAUCGGAAAGAGAAGAGGAGGGAAAAGUCUGUUUAAGAAGAAUGGAGUGUCAAAGUCGGGAAGCGCAAGGUUAACAAUUAUAUCGCUCUCUUCUCUGACCUCUCAGAAGGUCAAAAAGACUGUAGCCACACCAACUGGCACCGUGUUGGUCUCAGACAAGCUGGUAUUGCCACAGGCCACAGCCAUGUCUCGGCGGAAGGCCAUGGUAAACCGAGAAAAGCGCUUUACGUUUGUCCUGGCCGUGGUGAUUGGGGUGUUUGUCAUUUGUUGGUUCCCUUUCUUCCUCUCCUACUCGCUGAAGGCCAUCUGUCCUGAAACCUGUACAAUCCCUAAACCACUCUUCAAAUUCUUCUUCUGGAUUGGCUACUGCAACUCCUGCCUGAACCCCGUCAUAUACACCAUCUUCAACCAAGACUUCAGGAAGGCCUUCAAAAAGAUUCUCUGUAGGGACACCAAGGGGACGUUCUUCUAGAAUGGAUACUCUGUUGUCAUUCGAAAGAGAACUAUGCCUUGAGUGGAUGUGCAGUAAGCGGGGCCAUGGCUAACACAGGGAAAGGUUGGUAUGAUCCAUGGGGCCCUUGAAAAUAUCUGUCAGUGAGGGGGCACAGGAAUAUAUCUCUUCAGGGGGCCCAUGAUUCCUGGCGACGGCCCUGACUGUAAUGGCCAACUGUCUGCGUGAGGGACCGUAGACAGGCUGCUGAGGCAGGACCCUUGUCGAACAAAACGCUAAAUACUAUACAUUUCAAAAUACAUUUCUGGACCAGAUAAUCCUGCUCUGAUGUGCUGCUCACACUGAGUGACACUAGGAGAGGUGGGGGGGGGGGGCAAUCUGCUGCAGAGAAAUAAAACCCAAUUACAGUUCUUUUAUUGAUCAGAGUAAAACAGGGGCGACGUUUAUCAGGACAUGUUGCUCAAAUGACGGUACAAAACUGCUCUUGUCGUGCAAGGAAUCAGGGCUGCUCUCUGUUGAUUUAGUUGUCCAGCUGGCUAACUGGCUGCCCACUGUCAUUAGGUACCUGUAGCCUUGUGACUGGCUACUGUGAGCCACAAGGACCGUGUUGUAGGUCAAGAUCUCCUGGUUAUAUCCACUGAAAGGACACAGAAUGGGCACGAGCAUGUUCAGUGGUGUUCCCACAGUUGUCUGUGUGCUAGACUUCGUAGUGUGUGAAGGCAGUGUUCGAUCUGCCUCGUAUGCUCCUAUGAAGGAUGUCUUACAUGUCACCAAGCCGCUCUACAUGUGCGCAGGUUUGAGCAUUCAAAAUCAAUAUAAACACAUGCAAAAUGACCCGUGUGUGUAUGGGAUGUGAUAUUAACCAAGGGCAUGUGUGUUCACUUGGAGGUUGUGACCACAAUUUGACAUUGUGACGACCCUUUGCCUGUCCCCCAUGAAAAAAGGCAAUUUAUGGCUCAGGGGUUAAGUUUUGGCUAAAAGUUACAAUUGGGAUUAGUAGAUACAUUUAUGAUUAUGGUCAGGUUUAAGGUUAAGAUAAGGUUUUGGGAGUUAUCGGUUAGAGGGAGGAUUUUGAAUGGGAAUUGCUUUUUGCAUUCCCACAAGGGUAUAGAAUCCUAAGAUGUGUGUGUAUGUGUGUUUGUUUGUAGUGGCCUCCGGGUUUUACUGGAACCAAGGAAAUCAUUGGUUUUUUUUCUGAGAUAAAGCUAAGAGCAUGAGAAACUGACAAGACCAUGCAUGCACGCACACGCGCACACACACACCACACACGCGCAGGAACCCACGUGCACACUAUUCUCUCUCCAUCUCACUGUCUGCCUCUUUAGCCUUGGGUAUGUGUUAUAUGUUACAUGUAUGGAGUGUCCUCACCUUUCACUGUUUCCUGAAUUAACCGCCACCCAGAGGGAGUGACAAUCCUUUGCUGUGAUCCCAGGAACGUUCUACCCCCCGGGAAAACCUAUGAUUCAAACAGCUAAUGGAUAACUACUUCAGGAAAACCAUAAUGGGAAUACUACAGCAGGAAUAAUCGAAAGCUAUUUCAUGAAAUGAAUGCAAAAUGGAAUCUAUUUGUCAUGCACUGCCUGGAUACAGGACAAUUCCAAUAUAAUUACUGCUCUCUCUUUAUGUGUGCAUGUUUUCUGAAUGCAUGCCAAUGAAUGCACACUUUCAAUUUCUAUAUGAACCAACCAACCCAUAAUAAUAUAUCUAUUUGUAAUAGGUUAAUCGUCAAUGUUGUUGACUGGAAGAGGCGGUGUA